UUUUACGCUCGAGAGGUGAAAUACAAUUUGCCGGAUCUACAUUUUUGGAAUGCAUCAGUUUUAGAUACAACUAACGUUAGCGAGUAAAAAUGAAAGUUACCAUGUUUUAAAAAUGAAACUACUCGACAAUUUUCAUGAAAUAUUUUGGGACGCCACAUUCUGGUUACCUCCUAACACAACUUGGAAAGACUUCGAAAAAAUCAACGGUAGUGGACGGAUUUCCACUGUGAAUGAUCUGAUCUUCGCAUGGAAGCUUGUUCCUCUCUUACUGAUCGUCAAAUAUACGUUUGAAAAAUAUGUGGGUGCAAAGUUGGCAAACUGGGCUGAACUGGAGGAGAAACUGCGAGAAAAACCCCCGACUGUGAUGAUUUUAAAAAGAGCUUACCGUGAGAGUCGAGGUCGCGAAUGGAGAGAGCGGGAUAUCUUAGCUUUUUCAAAACAGCUCGACUGGUCUGCACAGGAGGUGAGACAGUGGUUCAGAGCAAAGCAAAGAUUUGAAAGCACACCAAUCACGGACAAAAUCGGCGAGAGUUCCUGGAGGUUCGUGUUCUUCACGAGCAUUUUUAGCUAUGGACUUUGGGCACACUGGACGAAAGAUUGGUUCUGGAACUUUAAACUUUGCUGGGAAAAUUUCCCCCAGCCCGUGUCAGAGGAGCUGUAUUGGUACUUCAUAAUAUCCUUCGCAAACUACUCUUCAUGGGGUGUAUCUCACUUUUGGGAUGUACAGAGGAAAGAUCCGAAGAUUAUGAUGUUCCAUCACUUCGUUGCGCUAACCCUCCUUUCGACCCAGUGGAUGCAAAGGUAUCACAGAAUAGGACUCCUUAUUUGCUGGUACCAUGACAUUGGAGAUCUUCAAUUAGAGCUAUCAAAAGUGUUAAAAUAUCUAAAGUUCAAAAAUGCUUGCCGAUGGACGUUCUUUCUUUUCACUUUUGUUUGGAUUUUGGUGCGGAACAUAAUCUUCCCAUUUUAUCUUGUCACUAGUAUCUACAAUUACUCACCGCAUAAUGUCCUACUGCAUUUCCCUUUUUCGUGUUUACAUGGAUCAUGCAGCAUCAGUUCCUUCCAAUUCACGGCUACUCACGUCCUUUUGCUCUGCUGCUGGGCCUUGUGCCUCCUUCACAUUUACUGGACUUACCUGAUCUUGCGAGUCCUAUACUUGAAUCUUGCUUUCGGAAUUGAGGAAGAUGACACGGUGUCUGAUUGUGAGGAAGAAGAACAUUUGAAGAAAAAAAUGUAGCAAAAAGUUAACGGUUCUCACUGCCAGUUCCGAUUCUGUUCCUCUUUCUGAAAAAGUUUGCGUGGAAGAAAGCUGAUACAAGUUGAACUUUUUUUAAUAUACCGUGCUGAUCCUGGGCAGGAAUUUCCUGGUUA